GUAACGCGAACAUUGGCGAACUGGUAUAAAAAUUAGCCAAGUUGUAUCUAUGGUCUUAUCACUUUGAUCAAGGCGUUACUUUUGAAGGAAAUGAUGGUAAAAGUUUGAUGCAAGUUGCAAUUUUUCCUUUCAUACCACGGCUGUCAGAGCUGCAUAGCUUUACAGCCCUCGAUGAAUCUAGUUGAUCAGGUCUAGCAAGCGUGAGGCGAGCGUGGUUUCUUUACAUCACACUUACAGUUUCUGACAAUCCCCAUUAUGGCCUUCUACUCCAAGGGAGACCACGUGUGGCUUGCUAUAAAAGACGUGAAGGACUUUAAUGUCCCUAUCGGCGCAGUUGUGAAAUCAGUGGAUGGACUUGGAAUGUUGCUCACAGACGACCAAGGAGAGGAACGAUUUGUGGGCGGAUCUUCUUUGAGUGACGUGCAGUCAAUGCAUCCAAGCUGCAUUUGUGGAGUGGAUGAUAUGAUUCAACUUGGAGAGCUCACUGAAGCGGCAAUUCUGAGGAAUUUGUUUAUCAGAUACCACGGCCACAAAAUUUACACGCAUAUCGGCAUGGUACUCGUAGCAGUCAAUCCAUAUCAGUUGUACCAGAUAUAUGGUCGUCAGCAGAUUGAUAUGUACAGUCAGCAAACAGAUAUCACUGAGCUGCCGCCUCAUAUAUUCUCCACAGCACAGCAUGCGUUCACCUCCAUGAAGAGGAGACUUCACAACCAGAGUAUAAUUAUAAGUGGUGAAAGUGGCGCCGGCAAAACUGAAUCUACAAAGCUAAUCCUUCGUUACUUGACAGUUGUGGGUGGCCAACACACGACGCUGGAUCAACAGAUAUUGGACGCGAAUCCAAUCCUAGAGGCUUUUGGUAACGCAAAGACUGUGAGAAACGACAACUCCAGUCGGUUUGGAAAAUAUAUCAAUAUCUAUUUUAACAGACAUGCUGUUAUUGAAGGAGCAAGAAUUGAACAGUACCUCUUGGAAAAAUCAAGGAUUGUAAAUCAGAUGCCCGAUGAACGAAACUAUCAUAUUUUUUAUCGUCUGCUGGCCGGACUGAGUGAUAAGGAAAAACAUAAACUUCAUCUCACGGAAGCAAAAGAUUAUCACUACCUCUCCCAGGGGAACUGUUUUGUUUGCGAAGGAAUGGAUGAUGCACAUGAGUUUCUUAACAUCCGGCGAGCAAUGAAGGUUUUGAUGUUUUCUGAAGAAGAACACUGGACAAUAUUCACGCUUUUAGCUGCCAUUUUACAUCUUGGAAAUAUACGCUUUCAAGCCUUGAUCCAGGAUAAUAUGGAAGCCUGUGCGAUUUUAAAUGAUGACAGUGUCGAGUCAGUAGCGGAAUUAUUACAGAUUCCUUCAGAGCGAAUUCACGAGGCAUUUACAAGUAAAUCAACUUAUGCUUCGGGAGAGCUGAUCUACUCUCCAAUCGCAGAGGAAAGUGCUAAGCACAUCAGGGAUGCAUUUGUGAAAGGAAUGUAUGGCCGCCUUUUCAUCUGGAUUGUCAGCAAAAUCAACGCUUCCAUAAGUAAACCUGCCGUGGAUUCGCAAGGUUGUACUUCUCUUGGUGUUCUCGACAUCUUUGGCUUUGAAAACUUUAACGUUAAUAGUUUUGAACAAUUGUGCAUUAAUUACGCCAACGAGAAACUUCACAGCUUUUUCGUUGAUCACGUGUUUAAAAUGGAGCAGGCUGAGUACAGUCGUGAGGGCCUGGAGUGGAGUGCUGUGGAUUUUGUGGAUAACCAAGAAGUCGUAGAAACUCUGGCACAGAAACCGCUGAACUGUUUUGCACUCAUGGACGAGGAGAGUAGAUUUCCUCAGGGAAGCGACGAAUCAUUUCUACAAAAAAUCACCUCACAGCACGGUAACAGCAGUUGUUUCGUCAAGUCGAAGUCGCUUUCAAGGGCAUCAUUUGGUGUGGUGCACUUCGCGGGAACGAUUGAGUAUAACGUCAGAGGAAUUCUCGACAAGAACAGAGACACUUUCAGCGCAGACCUUGUUGGACUUAUUUGUGAGAGUAAAAUGGACUUCCUUUUUAACAUGUUUGCCAAAGAGAUGGCAAUGGGCGAAGAGACGAGAAAAAGGUCACCAACACUAAGCGCGCAGUUUAGGAGAUCUCUUGAUGUGUUAAUGAAGAUGUUGCUGAGCUGCGAGCCUUCCUUUGUUCGCUGCAUCAAACCUAAUGAGCUUAAAAAACCCAUGAUAUUUGAUCGUUAUCUGUGCUGGCAACAGCUAAAAUAUUCAGGGAUGUUAGAGACAGUCAAGAUUCGCAAGGCUGGGUUUGCCAUUCGUUACACUUUUCAAGAAUUUGUAAACAGAUAUCACAUCAUUAUGAAAGACUUGAAGAUACCAUGGAUGAGCCAUAAAGAAAUGUCUGAAGCUCUAGCAAAACAGCUCCUUUUGGAUGUGGAAUGGACAAUUGGGCAUAGAAUGAUUUUUUUGAAGGAUCAUCAUGGAAAUUUACUUGAACGCACCCGUGAUUCUUUGCUUACAAAUGCAGUGGUUGUCCUUCAAAGAGCAACGAAGAGGUUCCUACGUCACAAAAAACGUCAAAAACAGACAUGUGCAGCAGUGUUAAUCCAAAAGAUUUGGAAGGGAUACCGUGAUAAGAAAGCAUAUCUUCAGAUUUUGAAAGGAAUAACAAGACUCCAGGCUGUUCUCAAAUCUCGCUUGUUAUCACACAAGUUCAAAUGCGUGCGUGAAGAAAAGCGGAGAGCUGAACAAGAAAAGGAGCGAAGACUGGAGCGAGAAAAACAAGAAAGAGAGCAUGAAGCUAAGAUGAAGAAGGCUCAAGAAGAUGCAGCGGCUCAAAUUCAGAGGAUGUUUAGUUUUAUUACCGAAGAAGAAGAAACUGGAGCUGAGGCAGCUGAACAUAAAAAUGCAUUAUUUGGGCGGACUGAUGCGCAAGAACAGAGAAGGGAUUAUUCAUCGUCACCGCUGUCAUUAGGAGCAAGUGCAGUGGAUGGCACGAGCCCACAAAGAGUGGAUCAAGUUAACAGAUCAGGUAUUAUGAGUUACAGUCCCAGAGUGUUCAAUGGAUUCGGCCGGGUUACUCAGUCCCGUUCGUCAGACCUUGCCAUAACUCUGACAGCUCUUAUACUCGGAUUAGCAUGUCAACAGGGAUCAACCAGUGAGGACGAAGAAACUGUACCGCGUGAUGAGCAUGACUCCGAAGCAAUAUCCAGGGCACCAGAAUUCGUAUCUCCUCUGCGCUCUCCGCCAAAAGGACCGCAAGGUUCUAUGAGGUGGCGCACGGAACAAUCGUGAACUCAAGCGGGACAAGAAACAGCCAAUGAUGCCGUAGCUGAAUAGCUGCUUUCGGUAAAAGUAGUUAAUCUCUAUUGGGAUGAAAAACUGGACAAACUAGUUGACUGUGCGCGCACAGCUGUCUUUAAAACACAAGCAUGAAAUUAAAAGUACGGUUUGAAUCAUGAGAAAACAGUCAAUCGAAAAGGUUGGGAUUUUCGUUGAACCCAUAAACUCUCAGAGAGGCUAAACUAUAGAUAGUAAAAUUAAAUCCUCUUGAGGCAGUUUUUCAAAGACUUGUCAUUGAGUGUCGUUUUUGAGUGCCAUUUCAGCUGUCAUAUGGCUUUAAUUCUUACCCACCCCUCCCCCUCCUCAAUUUUCGUUCAGUAUUGAUCACUUUCGUCGUCACUCGUUAGCUUUUGCCACCCAGAGAAGACUUCAAAAUGACGCAUUUUCAAGCUUAUGGUACAUUCUUUAGACCAUCUUGGUUAUAUCUUAAAAAACAAGGCUGUCCUGUCUCCUAUUGUA